CUGAGCAGCGACCAGGGGACCCUUCCGCCCCCGCCGCAGCGGGUGGCCGUUCUCCGCUCCUCCUGCGUGGGCCCCACUCAGCCAAGCCACCCACGGGCCCCUCCCUACCUUUCUCGGAUGCCUCGUGGGGCACAGACGGGCUCCGUGCACAGCCUCGGGUGUGGCUGCAGGGGGUGCUGGCCCAGUACCCGCUGCACCCCCAGAGGCCCCCAGCCCUCGCCCGGGGUUUCUUGGGGAGAUGCUCUUGCCAGCCAGCCAGCCCAGGGCGCACGAGCUGGGGCCUGAGUGUGGCUGGGCCAGUGUCCACGGGGUCGUCCCCAGGAGCAGACUGGGCGGGUUUGCCCUCGGGAAUUGGCCAGGCUGCUGGAGGACGCUGGCUCCGCCCCGCCUGUUGCUCAGAGCAGAGGCUCAGGGGCCGUGGGGCAGCCUGCGCCCCGCUGGCUGGGAAAGACGCCCUCCCUGAGGUUUCGCGGCGCGUCCCGGGCAGGGGAGAGGGGCAGGCAGCGCCCGCGCGGGUCAGAGGCCCGUCCUCCGGGCCAGUGCCCGCCUCCGUGGAAGCAGACACCAGCCCGCAUGACUCAUGCGCCCCACGCCGCGCCCUGCUGAGGACAAAGCAGAGAACGAGAAAGACGAGAAUCCCGGCACCCGGAGGUGGGCGGCCGGCAGGAAGCAGCCAGCCAGUGAGUGCCGGGGAGCCUGAGUCCAGGCAGGAACCGGACGGCGGGAGGCCGGGUGCAGGCUGCGCUUUUGAACAGAACCACCCGGAAAGGCCGCGGGGAGGCCCCUCGAGCAGUCCAGCGGGCAGAAGCGUGUUCCGGCGGCGGCAAGAGCUGCAGGCGCCGCCAUGGGGGAGCUGCGCCGCACGGAGUCCUCCCUGACGGCGCUGGGCGAGGAGGAGCUGUGGGACAUGAUGGACGGCCACCGCCACCGCAUCGUGCGCAGCGUCUGCCCCAGCCGCCUGACCCCCUACCUGCGCCAGGCCAAGGUGCUGGGCCAGCUGGACGAGGAGGAGGUGCUGCACAGCCCGCGGCUCACCAACACCGCCAUGCGCCCCGAGCAGGAGGCGGGGCCCAGGGAGCCCUGCCCGAGGGGGAAGCAGCGGCUGGCCCGCAUGUUCGCCAUCUGCCCGCCCGGGGACAGCAGCUGCCCAGGCGCCUUGGAGGCCCAGCUCUGGUCCGACCUCAGCUCCACGUCCAGCCAGGAGCCGGGGGACAGCUUCCGCUCCAGCAGCCCCCUGCCCCCCAGCCAGGGGUCGCUGUGCCGGCGGGCAGCGGAUGAGCUCUGGGAGCAGUCCUGGGGUUUCAGCGGCGGCUCCUCAGAAGCGCUGGACGCGGACCAGGGGGCCGGCCUGGGGGCAGCAGCAGGCGAUAUGGACCUGGAUUUCGAGAUUGUGGAUGGGGCAGACCUUCCUGAGUCUGCGGAGAGCAGCCUGCAGCCUUCCCCCCGAGGCCUGGCGGUAUCCGCCAGCAGCAUCCCGGUGCGGCGCCGGCCGGCCCGCAGGUGCUCGAGCCCGGUCAUGGCGCUGGCCUUCCAGGGACGCGCGCUGUUGGAGCAGAUAAGUGUCAUUGGGGGGAAUCUCACGGGCAUCUUCAUCCAGCGGGUCACCCCGGGCUCAGCGGCAGACCAGAUGGCCUUGCGGCCAGGCACCCAGAUCAUGAUGGUGGACUGUGAGGCCACGGAGCCCCUGUUCAAGGCGGCACUGGAGGGCGCGACCCUGGAGCAGGCGCUGGGCCUUCUCGGCCGGGUGAGCGGCUUCUGCUGCUUGUCGGUGAAGAUGAACACGGAGGGCUACAAGAGGCUGGUCCAGGACCUGGAGGCCAAAGUGGUGACCUCGGGGGACUCCUUCUACAUCCGGGCGAACCUGGCCGUGGAGGGGCGGGCGGCCGGCGCGCUGCCCCUGCGCUGUGACGACGUGCUCCACGUCACGGACACGGCCUUCCAGGGCCGGCGCUGCUGGCACGCCCGCCGCCUGGGCCCCUACGGCACCGAGGGCACCGAGCGGGGCACCAUCCCCACCUACUCUCAGGCGCAGGAGCUGCUCAUCGCCCUCCUCCAGGACCUGGCCCAGCAGAGUGUCAGCCCCCACAAGCUGCGCCCCGGGGGACCCCAGAAGCUGGUCCGCAUCGUCAGCACGGACAGUGCCGAGGCCGGGCCCCUGUGCCCACCCCUGGAGGGCGGCCAGUGGGACCCCAGCUGGGUGGAAGGCCCCUCCACCACACGCUUCUGGGCGGAGAGCCGCUUCACCCUGGCGCCCUACACGCUGGUGCACCCCCACAGGCCCAGCCGGCCGCGGCCUGUGCUCUUCGUGCCCGGAGUGGCCGGGCGGCUCCUGAGUGCGAGGCUGGGCCUCCUCCGUGGCUUCAGGAAAUGCCCUGCAGAGUACCUGAGUCCGGAGGAGUAUGCCGCCCUGAGCCAGAGAGGAGACGUGGUGCGGGGGGCUGCGGCCGGCUGCCGCUGGCUGACCCGCCGGGCUGUCGAGGCUCUCAUGGAGAAGGUGAGCGGCGGGCUCUGGGGCCGCACCUCCGGAGAGGGGCCGGGAGGCAGGAAGGACUGCCCGAGGACUGCGGUGAACGCCCAGUCAGGGGUGUGCACCCCAGCAGCGGGCCUGGUGACUGGCGCCCUGGUGCUGCUGUCUCUGGGCUACCUGACGUCGCUGUUCUCCUACAUCCCCAAGUCGGCGCUGGCCGCCGUCAUCAUCGUGGCCGUGGUCCCCCUGUUCGACACCAAGAUCUUGGGGACGCUGUGGCGCGUGAAGAGUGCGUGUGCCGGGCAGGUGCUGGGUUCCCUGCGCGCCCGGGCCCGCCGCCCGCUUCCGGCCAGCAUGGCGGGGCGCGGCCCUGGGGCUCCAUCCGGGGCCCUGGGCAUGUGCCGUGGCCCCCGCGUGCCGACGCCUUGA